CAGCCGUCCAAGAUAAUUGGCUAAACUUUUCCUUUUCAUACAAAACCUUCUAACCACAACAAUCGAUGCCAACUAACAGUAGGUUGCUAAGAAAGCACCAUGAACCUAGGGAUGAACUAACUAAGUCAAACAGAUGAGAGACGUCUCGCUUUUCAACCUUACCAGCAGCGAGCGGCGUGCGCUCCUGAAGGGCAAUAAGAUCACUAUCUGUCUCGAGAUGUCUGGCCGCGAAAUCUUCACUGCUGGAGAUUACCCGAAGCUUCUGAUGUUGUCCGUUUCAGACAUUGGCAAGUUCGGUAACGACACCGGUUAUGGCACAUUCACACUCCCGCGAGGCUCUGCCAGUUCAUCCUCUCUUGUUCGUGUCCUGAGGUACCUUGUCUCCUCCUGCAGAUUCCACCUGCCCAUUACGGUUCCGCUCUCGGGGGAUAUUUGGAAUGAUGUAAUCACGUACCAAACUACCAUCAGUCUGGGCCUCAAAGACUUUGAGUGCUCUCUUGGAAACGACUUAAUCACUCUAAUCCACAGCCGUCAGCCCACUUCUCAGGAGUUCCGCGCCUUCUUCAAAGUUCUACCCGCAGAUAACCGUGUCAUCAACAGCUUGGUUCAUGUCACGGCUUGGCGCCGUCGUCAUGGCCGCUUAGCCGAUGAGGGCAUCAAGGCAUACAUCGAAUCUCACCCUUACCUUCUUCAGCGGUUCAAGUGUAUUGAUGUGGUCGUUGCUUGGAAAGAAUGCCUAGACGUCUAGAGGUAGAGCAUCGGAGAUGACAAAGCACGCUUUGUUGUUUGGAUAAGACCAAAGGCUGUGUACAGGUGAUGGAAAGAAAUUAUAGUUACUAGAGGGUAAAAGACUAAGACUUCAUUACCGAUAUUAAACACCAUUGGUUUCUCGAAUAUUCGUUUGGACACACGAGGCAAGUUCGAAGACGGAGGAGCCAAGGUACCAGUCCCCGAAGUCAAGCGCGACCAUGGUUAUGGAUAUACAGCAUUGGCCCAUGAUUCUUUCUGUAUCUUUUGCCACACUACGUGAGAUUAGAUCUGUGUGUGGGUUUGUAACUUACUUAC